AUGUCUUCCAUACCAGUGCCUCCACCGCGUCCCUCGCAUGAGGCGGUCCUUGGGGCUGGCGAGGUCAAGGCCUCCGGUGUUGACGAGAACGACCUCAACUCGUCGGGGAAUGAGGAAGACAGCAUCGAUCUACACAAAGAAAUAUACGAUACCAGCGCCAUAGACCCCGUUUUGGCAAAGAAAAUGGCGUUGACAAACAAUGCGAUUGACGAGAUUGGCAUGACCCCAUGGCAAUGGAAGCUGUUCUGUUUGAAUGGGUUUGGCUACACCGUAGACUCGCUGUUGAUUGUGUGCCAAUCUAUUGCACAACCAGCCGUGGCACAAGAAUUUGGCAAUCCCAGCAAGCACAUUGCUGGCGUGUCUCUGGCGUCUCAAGUCGGGCUCCUAGUCGGUGCUGCCGUUUGGGGGUUCAGCGCCGACAUCAUCGGUCGACGCAUAGCGUUCAACAGCAGUCUAUUCAUCUGUGCAUUGUUUGUGCUUAUUGCGGGUGCCAUGCCUAGUUACAUCUCCUUCUCUGCCAUGGUAGCCAUCUACUCGGCAGGCGCUGGAGGCAACUACAUCCUCGAUGCGACCAACUUGAUUGAGUUCCUCCCCGCAAGUCACUAUUGGCUCGUGACAUUCAUGGCCGUCUGGUGGGCUAUAGGUUACAUGAUCACCGGCUUUCUCGCCUGGGGAUUCAUGAGUAACUACUCUUGCGACCCCGAUGCCACGGUGGCCGAAUGUACUUGGGGAGACAACUGGGGCUGGCGAUAUCUCCAUUUCACCUGCGGCGCGCUUGUCCUCGUCAUCGCCACUCUUCGUGUGCUGGUCAUCCGCAUGCCACAGACGCCGAAGUGGUUGAUCUCACAAAACCGCGACGAGGAGGUCGUGGCCUCCCUCGCAAAAAUUGCACAGCAGUAUAAUCGCCCCUUCUCGCUGACGGUGGAGAGGUUGGAAAGUAUCGGCCGCGUGCUGCACACCGAGAAGAGCGUCUUCUCUGCCUUGCGACUUCGACAGCAUUUCUCCCAGCUGUUCAAAACCAAGCGUCUGGCGUAUUCGACAAUCAUGAUCAUCGCCAACUGGACUGUCAUCGGGACCGUGUCACCGCUGUUUAGCAUUUUCUUACCGUACUAUCUGAAAACCCGAGGGGCAGAUACCGGAUCAAACAGUAACUACACCGUCUGGCGCAAUUACGCACUCAACCAGGUUUCCGGCCUCUUUGGACCCAUCAUCGCCGCGGUGCUCGUGGAGACUCGCUACUUCGGUCGACGGGGCACACUGGCCGUUGGCGCCGCCAUCACGACGGCUCUGCAGUUCGGGUAUACACAGAUCAAAACGCCCGCGCAGAACGUAGGUGUGUCUUGUGCGAUUUCGGCCGCCAGCAACAUCUACUACGGGACGAUAUACGCCUACACGCCUGAGAUUCUCCCCGCCGCACACAGGGCGACAGGGUACGCUAUCUGCGUGGUUCUGAACAGGGUAGGUGGCAUCGUGGGUGUCUUGGUCGGAAGCUAUGCGAACGUCGAAACUACGGCGCCGUUGUUCAUUUGCGGCUCGUUGUUCGGUCUGUUGAUCAUCUUGAGUCUCUUGUUGCCUUUUGAGACGCUGGGCCGGAGAACCGUGUGA